UUAACGUUCCGGCUAGCAUAUCCUGUCCUUCCUACCAUGUGGUUUUGAAGGCACUGUAAACAAUACAACAUUGCAGUUUUAUUUCUUUGAAGAUGGGAAGCUCGAGUAAAGAGAAAAAGAGACGGAAGAGACAGAAGGUUAAAACAGCAGAAAAAAAGAAAAACCUACAGAAGAAGCUGGCAAGGAUAGACAAUGUUGAAAUGUUAACUAAAGAACAAGUAAAAAAUAUUCUUAUACACACUACCUGUGCCUCAAAGGUGACAGGAAAAAGGAAACGAAGAGUGACAAAAAGACUGAAGCAUCUUGCCAAGAAAACAACUGAAUCACAAGAUGUUGAAAUGAAUCCAAUAAGCGAAAAGAAACAGAAAGGAAGGAAAGAGAAAUCAUCAACUACACCUGUUUCAGUACCAGAAGAUUCCAUGGAUACAGCUGAUGAUUGAAGUUUGGUGUAGUCACUUUAUAAGCAGUCAUGAUGCAAAACCCUCAUAUACGGUGUAAAGGAAUGAGGUGUGCCUGAUUUACACUUGGAUGCGAGAUAAAUGGCUCAAAAAUCAAUAGAUCAUAUUUGGUGGUCAGCAUACAUGUGAUAUACAUGUAUAUGUUCGUGUACGUGUAUACAAGUAUCUUGAUAAAUCACUUUUAAAUGCAAAA